AUGAGCACCGGGUCCACUCCAUAUAGGUGUCGUUUCAAACUUAGACCACGGGGAUGUCAGGUAGUCUCGCAUGGGCGAGGAUUGGCGGGGGAACGCGCAAGAGGAGAGAAUGGAGACGGAUACGGAAAGGUACUCUCAACUGGCCUUCCAGACGGCGUUUGGUUGCAUAGACUCUGUUCAACAACGGGCAUACAUGCCACAGGGGGGCGGCUUGUUUUCUUUUCUUUCAGGAUUUCCGCGGCUUUAAAGAUACCCUAG